UAGAGGCCACCGGGGCCCUGCGCUGGCUCCUCCUCGCGCCGCCCCCCCCCCGCGCCGGCGGCUUCCCAGGCUCCUCUCCGGGUAAACAACGAUGGCCGCCGAGGAAGGAGGCGGCGAGCCUCAUAACAACAUGGGGAACCACCUACAGCUGGUGUCCGCAGAGAGUGAGGAAGAGGAUGACAAUGAAAUGGAAGUUGAAGAUCAAGAUAAUAAAGAAGCUGAGAAGCGAAACGUCAUUAAUUUUGAUACCAGUUUGCCAACAUCACAUAUGUAUUUAGGUUCUGAUAUGGAAGAGUUUCAUGGCAGGACAGUGCAUGACGAUGACAGCUGUCAGGUGAUUCCAGUGCUGCCCCAUGUGAUGGUGAUGUUGAUUCCUGGACAGACAUUACCUCUUCAGCUUUUUCACCCUCAAGAGGUUAGCAUGGUGCGGAAUUUAAUUCAGAAAGACAGAACAUUUGCUGUUCUUGCAUACAGUAAUGUACAUGAAAGAGAAGCUCAUUUUGGAACCACAGCGGAAAUAUAUGCCUACAGAGAAGAGCAGGAAUAUGGAAUUGAGACAGUCAAAGUGAAAGCAAUAGGAAGACAGAGGUUCAAGGUGCUUGAAAUAAGAACCCAAUCGGAUGGAAUCCAGCAGGCUAAAGUACAAAUACUUCCUGAACGAGUGCUGCCUUCAACAAUGGCAGCAGUACAGCUGCAGUCUCUCAGCCGAUGCCAUAUAUUUCCAUCUUCGAAACCUACAUCAUGGCAGGACCGAUCUAUACAGCAGUGGUGGCAGAAAUACCAAAAGAGGAAGUUCCGCUGUGCAAGUUUGACAUCUUGGCCUCCCUGGCUCUACUCUCUAUAUGAUGCUGAAACCUUGAUGGAAAGAGUCAAGAGGCAGCUACAUGAAUGGGAUGAAAAUCUUAAAGAUGAAUCUCUUCCAACAAACCCAAUAGAUUUUUCUUACAGAGUUGCUGCUUGCCUGCCGAUUGAUGAUGCGUUGCGUAUACAGUUGCUUAAAAUAGGUAGUGCUGUUCAGCGACUCCGGUGUGAAUUAGAUAUUAUGAACAAAUGUACAUCUCUCUGUUGUAAGCAAUGCCAAGAUACAGAAAUAACUACCAAGAAUGAAAUAUUCAGUUUAUCCUUAUGUGGACCCAUGGCAGCAUACGUGAAUCCUCAUGGGUACAUCCAUGAAACCCUCACUGUAUAUAAAGCCUGCAAUUUGAAUCUCAGUGGACGACCAUCGACAGAGCACAGUUGGUUUCCUGGGUAUGCCUGGACUAUAGCCCAAUGCAGGAUCUGUGGGAGCCAUAUGGGCUGGAAGUUCACAGCUACCAAAAAGGAUAUGUCACCUCAGAAAUUCUGGGGAUUGACAAGGUCUGCUCUCCUGCCUCGUAUUCCAGAAGCGGAUGAAGACUCGGGCCACGAUAGAUCACCGUUACUCUGCCUGUAAUCCAGUAGUCUGCUUUGGAGAUGAACAGGCAGUAGUCUGUCUCUUAAAUGUGUCUGCUCAGUUCUGCUUCUGAUGCUUACUUGAACUUAAAACAACCCAAGAACACACACCCACACACAGAAGAACAACCAACCAAGCAGGCUCCCUAUAUUUGGGUCUGGUGUGCAUCCACAUUACUGUUGUUCCAGACACAAUGAGAACUGAAGGUUGAAUCUUAAAAAUGUCAGAUGAGGAGGUGGGAUGGGACACCAAGGAAUCUAUAGGAUCUCUCUGGACAGAACUGAGACUGAACUUUAUCCUUUCUUGUGGCACUUCAGAAAAUGUUUACUGCUAUCAAUUUGCAGUGAAAGAAGCUGGGGGGG